AUGGCUGGGGGUCGGGCUGCAGCUGCUGCCCUUGCUGCUACUUCUGUUACCAAUGGCAUUCAGACUGACAGCUCUCGGUGCCAAACCAACAACUGUACUCAGGAGCUCCUGAACAAGACAGUGGUAGCGGUAGCAGGAACAGCAGCAGCCGCCACCUCCACCCUAGCCGGGCCGGGACACUCUCUUGGGUCCACCGCUACCACUGAACAGCGAGCAGCGCAGCUGGGAACGACCCUGCAGGAGACACGUGUGUGUCCGCCGGCUUUGCAGUCCCGGGUCCAUAUCUCCGCCUAUUCCCUUCGCCCUCGGCCACAUGCUGACAGGAUAAGCAUGGAAGCCCUCUCAAAAUCGCCCGGCGAGCGAGCCACUAGCCACAAAGGGGGAGCGGGAGCGAAGGGCAGCAGGAUGAAGCGCCGCCCUGCAGAGCCAUUCACCACAAUCACAUCCAAGGAAUCGACCUAUGUGGAGAUUCAGGAUUUCCCCCGAGGGAGGGAAGCCAGUCCCCAGACCCUAAAGCUGACUUUGGCAGGGAGCGGAGGAAAAGUGGCUUUUCUCAGCCCUAAAAACGGAGCUUGUGAGAUCAGCGCUGUUAGCUGCUCAGCUCACAACGCGCUGGCAGAGGCAAGUGGAAAUCCAGCAUCCUUGGACCGUGAAUCUAAACCCGGGGCCAGCCCGGGGAGGAAGGGUAAUGAGGCGGGGGGAUGCAGCGCUGGCUCCAACUCAGGCGGAUCUAAUGAAAACACUUCGUCUGGACUGCCCAACACGCAGCUUUACCCGAGCGGGUGCCCGGAGUCGUCGUCCUCUUGCCCAUCCCCGGUGAACAAGGCAAGCGCGUUCCCCAAAACGGAUGACACCGCAACCGAGGGCAAAACCUCCUCUUCUUCCUUUGGGUACGAAAGCGACGAUGACGAGGAUGCUGACUGCAAAGCAAGAGGGGGGAGCCGGGGGGCUUCCCAGCCCACCUACUGCGGCGAGAGCAGCCCUGCUAACGAGGAGGCGCAUUACAUUACCACGCACGAAAUCCAGCUCAGCGAGGUGGACCACGACAUGGACUUUGACUUUGGUCUGGCCUCCAGGUGGGACUUUGAAGACAACAAUGUGAUCUACUCCUUCGUGGAUUACGCCUCCUUUGGGAGCGACGAGACCCUCGGGGACACGCAGACAGAGGAGGACAAUAGCUGUUAUCUCAGCACAACCAGCGAUGCCAAUAACCAGACGGACAGCAUCGAUAAUACCAGCAGUACGGAGAUAGUCAGCAUUAACUCUGAAAACGAUACCCCCAGCACAGACAAAUGCGCCAGCUCGGAAGAAAGCCAGCCCAAGAACCCCAGCCACAUGAGUGAGAACCCAGCUGCAGGCCACAUUCUCCUAUCAAUCAAACCGACUUCCCGGGCUAUAAAUGAGCUUAGCAACCUGCAUGAGAAGCAAAACAUUAUUUACGCUGCCAAGCAUGAAGGCGACAUGAGCCUCCGUGUCUCCACAGCUCCCGAACGCAAGGCCAGUUUCAAACAAGACGCGAUUCAUGACCAGGCAAAAAAAUUUAUCGCUGUCCCCGCGCGUUUGCAAACCCGGUGUGGAGCCAUAAGGGCGAAGGAAGUGGGGGGAUAUUCCAGCGGUGCCUCUAGCGCGGUCAGCGAGCUGGAUGAUGCGGAUAAAGAAGUGCGAAACCUGACGGCCCGAGCUUUCCGGAGCUUGGCUUACCCCUACUUCGACACGCUGAACUUCAGCUCCAGGGAGUCCUCCACGUCCCUUUCGGAUCAGGCGCUGGGGAUCAACCGAUGGUCCACUUAUUUAGACCUGAAGUGCGGCAAUCUCGGGCAGAAACCGGAGCAGAACCUGUUCAAGAGCAGCGCCGAACCUACCGCAUGGCACAGAAGCGCUGGGGCGAAGACGUGCAGUGACCAGUUCUACAUUCGCUCCAAUAAAUCGCAGACGAAAGCCCUAGAGUUCGUGGUCAGCAAGCUCGAUGGGGAAAUAACCCACGUGGAAACGCCAGCGUGCUUCGAGAAGCGGAUCCAGUCGGGCUCCCGGGUUGUAACGUUGUUGGAGACGUUGAAUUUUAGCAGCAAUGUUAAUGCUGGUGUCCCCAGACCUGCGAAACGUCCUGGACAUGCUGCCGCUGGGGCAGGUUGCGCAGAUGAGCUUCCGGAAACGCUGCCCAGGGAGCCGGGUCAGGAGGCUAGCAAACAAACCGGACUGGCCGCGGCAGAAGUCCCGGAGGGCACCCCGAAUAAAUCGAAAUUCGCCUCCAGCCUCCUCAAGAAUGUCAUCUCGAAGAAAAUGCAGCGGGAGCACGAGUUCAAAAUGGAGAGGGGGGAGAUCACAGACACUUCGUACAGGGGGCUGGCCGCGUCCUUGCCUGGCAAGGAGCAGGAAGGCUCGGCCAGGGAGAAGCUGAAAGAUGGGGGCAUGCAGAGGCAGAACUCCAGGUAUUCCGAGGGCAGCUCUGACUACACGAUUGUGACAGCAGAGGACCCGGGGGAGUUUUCUGACAGCAAGUCGCCGACCUCCAAGGCGUCCACCCCUCGCCUAGAUCGACCCCUGUCGGAAACGCGCCUGGAGGAUGUGUGCGAAAUUAAGAAGAGCGCCUCGGAGGCAAUCAAAGCGACCUUCCUCCGCAGCCAGAACAGCGCGUUCAGAUCCUGGAAAGAGAAAGAGGCAGAGAAGAAGAAAGAAGAGCGAGCUCCCAUCGGGAAACUUCAGUUCUCCUCCGCCAAAUACGACUGGCGGGCCGAUCUGGGUGAGAUCUCAGCCAGCAAGUCCACUAAAAUGUCUCGUCUCUUCGUCCCAAACAUUCAGCGCACCCCCAAGGGAAAGCAGCCUGGCACGCAGGUGACAAAGUACUCCACAGCCACCUAUGCGGCUCGGGCUGCCACCCCCGUAAAGCCCAGAGCCCCCGAGAUCAAGAUCAGCCUAGGUAGCGUGCAGCCAAGCAAGGAUCACCCCUUUGACAUCGCUAAGCUGCUCACCCCCAAACUAGCCGCGACCGCACCAACCCUUUUCAAGGCAGCGGAGGAGCCCCGAGGCCAGCCGCAGAAGGCAUUCAAAGCGGACGGCCUGGACAAGGUGCCGCAAUUCUUGGUGCGCGAUAUAAGAGAAAACAAGCCUAAAGUCCCCGGGCCCAUUCACCAGGUCAGAGACGUCAGGAAACUGAUCAAGAGCUCCUACGGCCACGACUCGGGCGAUACCAACAGCGACAGGAGCAGCGCGCUCUCCGACCAGUGCAGCGCUGAGCAGAAACCGAGGCAGCUGGCCAUAGCGGGGAUCCCCAGGGCUCUGUCUCCCAUGGUGAUAACCUGCCAGGCGGUCAGUAACAGCAGCGAGGACAAGGGGCCGGGCGAGACGGGGGGCAAGGUGCUGCCUGCCACGGCAGAGGGGACAAUCCUGGUGCACAGGACCUCCGGGAGGCUGCCCGUGGCCACCAUCGCCCCCAACAAGAGCGACCCUCGCUUGCCCGCAGUGCUGAAGAUCGUGUCCAAAGCCUCCGCACCCUGGCGGCAGCACCAGCAGCCGCCGCCGCCGCACGCUCCCGCACCCGCUGAGAAAGGCAAGGGGGCGGACGAGGAGCCGCGGGAGGAGGCCAAGGGGCCGCCCAGCCGCAACGCGUUGGAGAAGCUGACGGCGGCGGUGCGCAGCAUGGAGGAACUCUACAGCUUCAGCAAGCACGAGUGGAAGCGCAAGAGCGACCCGCGGCCCAUCACCGACAGCCACGUGCUCUCCCUCAUCGCCAGCGAGGAGCGCGGCGGCCGGGCGGCCGCGGGGCCAGCCGAGGCGAGGAGCGCGGCCCCGGCGCCGCCCGCCCCCGAGCGCCAGCCCCUCCCGGGCUCCGGCCCCAAGUCCGACAAGGUCUCGGCCAGGGCGGCCGCGUUCGAGAGCCUGGCGCGGGAACGGCCCCGGCCCCUGCCCGGGCCCCGGGGGGAGGCGGGCGCGGCGGACAGAGCCCCCGCCCCGCAGCCGCCACGAAGCAGCGUCUUCACCAUCAGCUCCGCGCAGAAGGCGGCGGCGGCUGCCCCGGCCAAGCUCCCCGCCGCGGCCUCGCCGCUCCGCAGCCUGAAGGGCCAGGCCGGGCCGGGGCCGCGCGCCCUCAAACUCUCCCCGGCCGCCGCCGCAGGGAAGGGGCCUGGCGAAGCCGAGAAGGACGCGGCCGGGCCCGACUGCGGGAACUACCUGGCCAUGCCGCUCAAGGAGCCGCCGGCCGCGGGAGGCGCCGGCCACCCGGGUCCGCUCUCGGCCUCGGCGGCCGCCGCCGCCCUGCAGCCCUUCAGCGCCGCCAAGAGCCGGGGCCGCCUCAGCCCCAAGCAGCAGCCCGGCCCCGCCGCCCCGCCUGCGGCCGCCCCGGAGCUGCCGCCCGCCGCCAUCUACCAUCAGCCGCUGCCCAUGGCCGCCCUGCACGGGGCGCAGCCCCCGCCGCUGCUCUGCUUCUCGCCGCCCUCGGCCGCCGAGCCCUUCCCGCAGACGCAGCGCAAGGUGCUGCUGGACCUGAGCACCGGCCAGUACUACCUGGUGGACGCGCCUGUGCAGCAGCCCCUCAAGAAGCGGCUCUUUGACCCCGAGACCGGGCAGUACGUGGAGGUGCCCAUGCCCCAGCAGCCGGCCGUGGCCCCGAUGCCGCUCCCCAUCUCCCCGCUAGCGCUCAACCCGGGGGCGUAUGGUGCCACCUACAUGAUCUACCCUGGCUUCCUGCCCACCACCAUGCUGCCAGCUAAUGCCCUGCAGACCCAGCUCUCCCUCCCGGGCAGCGACGUCAGCGGCUCCGCCGAGACCAGCAGCCCAAGGGCAGCACUGGGGGGAGGAGGAGGAGAGGCCACUUUUGUGGAAAGUCCGUAUUAUAUCGCCACGGGUAAAUCCCAAUCGUCCGCCGCCACUGCCCAGCUCAGGGGGGCAGAGGGGAAGCCGGUAAUCAGCAUCACCUCCCAGCAAAUGGGGCCAAGGAUAAUUGCCCCGCCCUCCUUUGAUGGUACCACCAUGAGGUUCGUGGUGGAGCACAGAUGAUGAUAAACCAAAGAGGCUGCUGGAACAAGGAAGAAGAAUUGUCCUCCUUUAAUCUGAAACGUGGUAACACUAGGCAUUCAUCCUUAAAAACUGCUUCCACAGUUUUCUCAUUUUUUGCUUCAUACAAAACAAGUGUGCACAAAUUGAAAUUAUCCUCAGGAUGAAAUGCACUGCACGUACACAGGUAGUGAGUGAUUUAACAUAUACUCUUCUCAUUUACCUGCAUCACUGUGGAAAUCAGGUGAAAGAAAUAAUGUUUUAACACUUUUAGAACUCUGAAGUGCACAACUAGAAUAUAUAGCAUGUAAAGUUCAUCCUUGUGUUCCUCAAUAAUAUUGCCUAGAUUUAUAAGCUUUACAUUUUUAUCAGAAUUUUGCUUUUCUGUUCAAGUGCCUCUUAAAGAAAAUGAAUGCAUCUUUGCUGUUUUCAUGAAUGAUAAUGAUAAAAGUCUAUAUAUGGUACAAAUAGGAUUUCUGUGUUAUAUGAAACAGACAGUACUUCAGACUGCAGGACAGUAUAGCUACCAAAGUAGAUUGACCAUAGUCACACAAAUAUGUGUAUGGUACACACACUAUAAUACUAGCAUCUGCAUUUAAAAAUAUUAGCAACAUCAUACCUUUUUCUAUAACGGUGCUCAGAGAGGAGUUUCACAUUACAGUUUACAAGUUGUAGGUUUGCACACACAAACUCUCAGGGUUUACAGUUUUGCCCGGUGUACUUGAAAGAAAAAAAAAAGGUGCCCUGUAUUUCAACAUAUAUUGUUGGGAAAAAAAUAUUUGUAGUAAUUGUUUUUGUUAAACUGCCUGUAAAAAAUGAAAGCAAUAACAUGAAGCAGUAUCAACAAUUAUUUGUUUUCUCAGGGGAAAUCUCUUCAAUAGAAUGUUUGACAUUAGGAUUGAAACAGUGUUUGCUUAAUUUUGUCUGUUAAUAUUAAACAGACUACAUGUUUGCAUAAAGGGUCAGUUAUGUGAGGUGUUGUAUGCUUUGGUCCUGAUCCAGCAAAGCACUUGAGUAUGUCCUUACCCUUAAGCACUUGAGUAGCUCCACUGACUUCAGUGGAACCACUGACAUGUUUAAGCAUGUGCUUUGGUGCUUUGCCUCGUUGGGGCCAGAACUCUCAGCAUCCUGCAAGAUGGAGCCCCAGGUCCUGAACAUUAUGUGUGUACAAAUAGUACUCCAGGCUUGAGUCUAACAUGAAAUAUGCAGGCAUACAUUGCUGUAAAGAGUAGUAAUAUGGUGCUUAUGCAUGCAUACCCAAUGGUGAAUUUGUCAAGCUAACGUGGUCAUGUGUAACCACAUAUCUUGGAUUAGAAUCAAGCCCUCUGUGUCAGGUUCACAAGCUGCUAGUAUUGUAUGUUUCAUAUUGUGGUCAUAGUACCUUAGGGUGAAAUUCACCCCUCUGUAGAGAAUCAGCACAAAACCCAGGCACCACUUAAGUUCCACAUAAGCCCUGUGGGCCUGAUCCAAAGCCCUCUGAAGUCAACAUAAAGAAUCCUGUUCAUUUCAGUAGAUUUUGAAUCAUGUCCUGCUUGAAGGCUUAAAUGAGACUCGAGAGGUCCUUGUGUUAAUCUGCAGCGCAGGGGGGUGAAUUUCACUCUUUUUAGAAUUAUUGAUACAUAUUCACUUCGGUGAAUAAUUUUAAAGGUAUAUUUAUGGGUUGUGUGUUUAUUCCCGUCUGCAUUCGAAGAUGAGUUUACUAUGUAGUGGUGAUGGCCAAAGUGUCAUUCCUUUUCUUAGAAGUUACCAUAAACUUGUGGCUACCUGAGAAUGCAUACAAUACUUUAAAACAUGCUUGAUGUGGAAGAUACUUUUUUUUUUUUUGUUUUUUUUUGCGGGGUGGGGGGACACAUCAGUAUUAAGACAUUGAACAGCACACAUAUGAAGUAAAGACAGUGAUUGUUAAAGAGAAUGUGAGUGGUAUGUUUGAUUAGAGCAUAGUGGGUUACAUUGUAAAUGGUAAAGGCAGAGUGUUGUGAAGGUUUUGAAAUGACAAUGUAUUAUUGCCAGUGGAAAAAGAGAAGAUAUAUAAAUGGAGAGAAUUUGACUCUUUAAAUUGCUUUCAACCUAGACAACAUUGUGGCAAGUUCCUAGCUGAAGUCUGAAGCGAUCACAUUACAGAAUGCUGUGAGCUUGGAAUUUAAGGACAAAAAAUACAGCAAAAUAGCUCUGAGAAUUGCACUAACUGUGUGUUGCACAAGGAGAAAAUUUAAUUAGAUGCAAAUCAUGUGAGAAUGGACUGUUUGAAACCGUUGAAUACCAGAGUUUGUAAUUCAUUGGCAAACAUUUGCGUAUGUUUUUUUUGAAUGUUAUGACAAAUGAAAUGUAUUUUUCAGUAAAAGACACAUUGCAAACAAGCAUAAACUGUUUGACCUUGUUUUUGUGACAUUGAAUGCUUUUGUCAUGGCAUUAUUAUGGAUGUUAUUUAACAUGUAAAAUACCAAAUAAGAGAAGGAAAGUUUACACUAUGUAGCAAGCCCCAAAAUGUACACCCACAAAUUCAAAAGAACUUUUAAUUUGUAUCUCAAAAUGCUGUCACAGAAUAUAAAAGCUACAUAGGAAUAAGCAAAUUCAGAACAUGAUUUUCCUGUUUGAACUCCUCAGUGAUUUGAAUUAGGGUGCAACUUUACAGCAUUGCUUCUAAUAAUGUGGUUCAUGGGCCAUCCAGCUGUCUACUUUCCUUGUAGUCCACAGGCUCAGAUAUGUUGAGAGCCAUAUAAUAAUUGGGGGUGUCAGAGAGGUGGAAUCUAUGAAAGGAUCAUUCUCUUAUGAAAUGAUUUACAGUAUAAGUUGGAGUAAAUCUACUCUAUAGCAAAGUAUCCGGCUUCCCUAUGGACCCAAUUCUGCAAGGUGCUGCAAGAUGUCAUUUCUCCCCAUCCUCAGUCUGAGGCUCCUUCUGCAUUGAUAAAACAUUUUUUCAGUGGAAAGGAAAUUUGGUAGGAACGGUAAUAUAUUGGGCCAGUUAUUUUCUAUAGAACCUCACUGACUUUAGAAGGGGUGUAAGUGACAUAAGUCAGGGCAAAAUUUGGUCCUUUGAGGCAUUUUUCCCGGUUCUUGAUCAAGUUAUAAAUCAAGUAGAAAAUACUGUGCCAUUUAUUUAAGUAAUCAGGAGAACAGCAAAGGGCAAAUCUCCUGUCCCCAUUGAAGUUAGUAGCAAAACUCCACUUGACUUAAAUUGUGCCUGAUCAGGUCCCAAGAUAAAGUACUCCAUUAUAAUAGAGUAUGAAAAGCACUGACUGAUAGCCUAAGAAAAACGCUGCCUAGGUUUCCACAGAGCCAAGCCAAUAAGGUCCUUAUCCUGCACCAUUAAUGUCUGUGUGAACUUUGCCAUUGACUUCAAUGAAUACUGGAUCGGCCCCUAAAUGAAGAGUGAAAAGACUCGUAUUCUCUCAUGGGCACCCCAGGAUUCUAAGACUACUGCUGUAUGUCAUCAGGAGCCUGGUUCAGCUCCCAUUGAAGUCAGUUGGCAUUUUCCCAUUAACUUCCCUGGGAGAGAGAUUGAGGUUUAAAGCUAGGUCUACACGGCAAUUAAAAACCUCUGGUGGCCCAGGCUCACAGGGUUCAGACUAAGAGGCUGUUUAAUUGCAGUGUAGAUCUUCUGGCUUGGGCUAGAGUCAAGGCUGUAGGACCCUGAAAGGCGGGAGGGUUCCAGAGCUCAGGCUGCCCGAGCCCGAACUUCUACACCACGAUUAAACAGCCCCUUAGCCUGAGUCAGCUGGCACAGGCCAGCCUUGGGUGUCAGAGCACUGUGGGUAUGUCUACACUGCAAUUAAAGUCCCCCUUGAAAGGAGUUAGAAUGUAUGAUAUGCUCCAUGACCCCAGUCCGGUGAGGAGCAUGUUGGUUUUCAUAGGCAUUCAGGUCACUGGGCACCUUGCAACUUUGGGGCGCUCUGCUUGUUCCUGUUUAGCAUGCUACAUCACCCUUUGUCAAGCAGCUACAGUGCUCUUCUUUAAACAUUUGCCUUUUAUGGGCGCUUUCAAAGUACAAAUGCUUCCUACCUUGAAUUUUUUUUUAAACUAAUGGGCUUGAUUGUCUUCUCCCACCUGUUUUUUUUACUGGUGUAGCUGCAGUGACAUCUGUCAAGUUACACUAGUUUGAAAGAAAAUCAGACCCAAACCUGUUCUUACAUAUAGCAAGUAAACUGUGUUUGAAUGAGAGAAUGACUGUGUAAUUGAAAAAGUGGCAGGCACAUACAGAAUUAGAAUGGGAGAGGGUAAGGGACAAUAAUUGUGCCUAUUUCUACCAAAGGAAAUAAGCAACGCCGAUAUAUCUCUUAAAGCAGCCCAUUUAAAAAAAAAUCCCAAUCCCUUAAAUUUCUUUCUCUAAAUGAUAAAGGAAGUAUGUUUUGAAUUAAGAAAGCAAGAGACAAGAUGACAGCUGGUUUUAUGCAGGUCACCCAGCAGCAGCAUGUGGUAAAUUUAAACAGUUAUUAUUAGAAAGUUAGCAAUGGAGUUUUAAAAGGUUGUUUUCUAAAAUCAUUCCAGAUUAACUAGUAAUGAGUAGGUUUAUCUCAAACCAUAAUACAGUUGAAAGGCAGAUGAUUAAAAAAAAUCUCUUCAGCCCCUUGCCCCUCACCCCCAAAAAAUCCCUUAAAUUGUUUUUGAUUAAAUUUGACAUAUGAUUUUGGAUUUCACAAGAGCCAUGUCAAUUUCUCUUUCACACAUCCUCUUUGUGUACACAGAUUAGUGAAGUUCAUAAUUCUUUUCCAGUCAUUCUCUGUUGUUGCAGUUGUCUAAUUUUGGGCCAGGAUUAUAAACCAUAUCAGUUUGCUGGCAUAUAGUGGUAUUACUUGAAUGAUCUGUGAGCAAAAUCUUUUGCUAUUCCAUUGUGUUCAGCAUAUCCCAAAGGAAGUUGGGCUGUUUUCCUGUAUUGCCAACCCAAAUGUUAAAAAAUGAGUCACAAACCAAAAAAUUAUUAGGCUAGUUUAAAAUUCAUGAGACUUUAUUUUAAAAAAGGUGUUUUUAUUUUCCUUUUUGUUUUGAGCUUUUAGGGUGCACAUGGGUCAUAUUUUCAAGCUUUCCUUGUAACCAUGUGGGCUUGAAACCCUUUCAUUUAAAAAAAAAAAGUUGAUAUUCUCACCUAAUCAGUUGUUGUCUCCAGGAUCUGGGACUUUAAGUCAAACAUCAAAUAUUACAAGAUUCACGUUAAAAUCAUUAAAAAUAGCAACACUGUUUCUCUCUUGCAACAAGUACAAUUUAAAGGUGACUAGUGGUCCAGGUGCUUGUUGAUUAAAAUAUUAGCCUUUCACAUUUUGGGUUCUUUGGAAUUUUGAGUCCUAACCUGCAUUUGGAUUAAACCAUGAGACAUUUUAAUGUGGUGUUUGUUAAAUGCCAAUAGUAGGCCAAGUGCUUUUGUAAGAGACACAAAGGAGGAUAUGGUCCCUGCCCUAAACAGUUUAAAAUCUAAGCUGACAGCACAAAGCUGAGGUACAGUGUAUCAGAAGGCCUAGGAAAUGGUUCUGUCUUCGAGUGAACCAUCUUUUCUUUUUUUAACGUGGGAGGUGACAACACUUUUAGGUUAGUAUUGGAGAGCUUUGUGGAAGGAGGAGUGAGUUUUAGGUAAUUUGAAUGAAGUAAUUGUGGUAGCCUUGUCCACCCACCAAUAGUGGGAAGGCAUUCCCAACAUACAGGGCAGGAUGGAAGAGGGGAUGAAGAUGAAAAUGGAAGAAGGGUUUCAGGGGAGUGGUGAAGCCAGAGUUAUUGAGAGAAGAAAGCACCGAGAGACGAAAAAAGAAA